AUGCCUGGCGAAGUUAUCGACCGACCGAAUCCGGAGCCACUGCCAUCCAACCUCCCCAAGGAAUUGGACGAUUUUGCAGUGAAGCUGGAGAGCAUCGUUCUCGACCAGAAGGACUACAAUGAUCUCAUUAAGUUUCGCCGGGCGGCAUGCUACAUCGCUGCUGGUGGGUUCGACUACUAUCCUGCAAUACGAUCGCAAUUGCUGACAUCCAUGCCAGCUAUGAUAUUCUUACAAGACAAUGUGUAUCUAAAAAGAGAGAUCAAACCGGAAGAUAUCAAACCUCGAUUGCUAGUGGGCCCUGGUCACGGGGCACCUGGAAUCCUGGCCUCGGUCUGGCUGGAAGGCUCGCUUGAGAAGUUUUUCCCUGAGUAUUCGCGCGAUACCAAGGGACUUGCCCGGCUUAUUUCGACCUUCAGCACCACUGCAGGCCUCCCAAGUCACAUCAAUGCAGAGACUCCAGGAGCAAUCCAUGAAGGAGGUGAACUCGGCUAUGCCUUAGCCGUUUCGUUUGGUGCGGUCAUGGAUAAUCCAGACCUUAUUGUGACAUGUGUCGUCGGAGAUGGAGAGGCAGAAAGCGGCCCAACAGCCACGAGCUGGCACGCUGCCAAAUACAUUGACCCGAAAGAAUCCGGCGCAGUCUUGCCAAUAGUGCAUCUUAAUGGGUUCAAAAUCAGCGAAAGAACGGUUUACGGAUGCAUGGACAAUCGAGAGCUAACAGCAUUGUUCUUGGGAUACGGUUACCAACCACGUUUCGUUGAAGACCUGAACGAUAUCGACACGGACAUGCAUACGUCAAUGGUCUGGGCUGUAGGAGAAAUUCACCGUAUUCAAAAGGCAGCCCGUGAAGGAAAGCCCUUGAGUAAGCCCAGGUGGCCCGUGUUAAUAUUACGAACACCUAAGGGAUGGACCGGACCAAAAAAGAUACACGGGAACUUCAUCGAAGGUUCUUUUCAUUCACACCAAGUUCCUCUACCAAAAGCAAAGAAAGACAAAGAAGAACUGCAAGCUCUUCAGGAGUGGCUCAUGUCCUAUGGCCCUCAAGAUCUUUUUAACGAUCAAGGCGGCCCAAUCAAUGACAUACUCUCGAUUAUACCAAAGCAAGAUAGCAAAAAGCUCGGGCAGCGUAUUGAAACAUACGGUAACUAUCACCCUCUUGAUAUGCCAAACUGGAAACACUUUGGAGUUUCAAGAGGAUCCUACGAGAGUUCGAUGAAGAUCAUCGGAAAGUUUAUUGACCAGGUUUUCACGAAGAACCCACAUACAGCAAGACUCUUUAGUCCCGACGAGCUAGAAAGCAACAAGUUGGAUGCUGCUUUGGCAAACACUGGUCGAAAUUUCCAAUGGGAUCAAUAUUCACGCAACCAGGGCGGCCGUGUCAUUGAAGUUCUAAGCGAGCACAUGUGUCAAGGUUUCAUGCAGGGCUACACUUUAACUGGUCGAACCGGUAUCUUUCCAACUUACGAAAGUUUUCUUGGUAUUGUACAUACAAUGAUGGUGCAGUACAGCAAGUUCAACAAAAUGGAACACAAUGGGUUUUCACAUCAGAAUCCCUCUUUCAUCGGUGCCGUACUCAAACUCAAGCCUUACGCUGCUAGAGUCUACCUGCCACCAGAUGUCAACACCUUCUUGUCUACGCUUGAUCACUGUCUCCGAUCCAAGAACUACGUGAAUCUUAUGGUAGGCUCAAAACAGCCUACACCUGUGUACCUUAGCCCUGAGGAAGCAGCGAACCAUUGUCGCGCGGGUGCCUCUAUCUGGAAAUUUUGCAGUACAGAAGAAGGCUUAAACCCGGAUGUCGUACUAGUCGGCAUCGGCAAUGAACUUACGUUCGAGGUUAUAUACGCGGCAUCGAUUCUUCGAAAACGAGUCCCAGAAUUGAGAGUGCGUGUCAUAAACGUAACGGACCUUAUGAUCUUAGAGAAUGAGGGCUCACACCCACAUGCUUUGUCCAAUGACGGAUUUGAUGCGCUCUUCACACCAGACCUUCCAGUCCAUAUCAACUACCAUGGCUACAACACUGAGAUACAGGGCCUGCUGUUUGGUCGCCCCAAUCUUGACCGAGUAAGCAUUGCCGGAUAUAUUGAAGAAGGGAGCACCACUACGCCAUUCAACAUGAUGCUCGUCAACAAAGUCUCGCGAUUCCAUGUUGCGAAAGCCGCUAUUCGAGGAGCAUCAAAGCGGAAUGAAAAGGUCCGCCUGAGAUGCCAGGAGCUGUUGACUGAGUUGGAUACGAAUAUCUCGGAAACUGAGAAAUAUAUUAUUGACAAUGGAAAGGAUCCCGAUGACAUGUAUGAGAUGCCAAAAUUUAGCUGA